ACCGCCCAAAAAUCUACGUAUGAAAGCCUCCACCCCACUGUCCGACCAACAAUGGGGCGCUCAUGCCUCAUGCAAUAAAUGACAACCGGCACUGUUCAAUAUCCGUACAAGUGUUUGACCUACAAUUGCCCGUCGAUCCUUUAAUAACUCUCUCUCUCCCUUCUCAGUAGCCAAAAAUCUCACUUUCCUUUAAACCUCUCUUCCUUUCUUUCUCUCACUAAACAAAGCAUUCUUCUUCUUCUUUUUCUGUGGUGUGCAAGCUCUUUUUGAUGAACAAGAACUGGAGUGUUUGAUUGAUACAUGGAGAGAAAAGAGGGUGUAAAGGUGGAAGAUGUAUUGGGAAACUCAUCGUGUUCGGUGAAUGAUUUCCCAUUACAAAGUAUAUUUGAUUUGAGCAGCAACGAAGAAGAGAAGAUCCGGUCGUUAGGGUUCAUGGACUUGCUGGGUGUUCAAGACUUGAUCAGUAGUCCUUUAUUGGACAUCAUGGCAGCACAGCAGGUUCCCUCUCGAAUGGCAACCCAACCACCCAAUCCUUCUUCUUCCACGAAGAUCGGAUCUCCUCAUGAGGUUUUCAAUCAGCCUGCCACUCCUAACUCUUCCACGAUUUCAUCUGCAUCAAGUGAGGCUGUUCAUGAUGAACCUGCUAAACUAGAUGACCAAGAAGAGGACCAGCGAAAAACCAAGAAACAGUUGAAACCCAAGAAGACAAAUCAGAAGAGACAGAGAGAGCCGAGAUUCGCGUUCAUGACAAAGAGCGAGGUUGAUCAUUUGGAAGAUGGUUAUAGAUGGAGAAAGUACGGACAAAAAGCUGUAAAAAACAGCCCCUUCCCUAGGAGUUAUUAUCGUUGCACCACCAUCUCAUGUAAUGUGAAGAAAAGAGUUGAGAGAUGUUUCAGUGAUCCAAGCAUCGUGGUAACCACUUACGAAGGCCAACAUACUCACCCCAGUCCGGUCAUGCCUCGUCCCAACCUUGUUGGUUCUCAUCUGAAUUCAGCCAUCUCCGCCGCAAGUUUUGGCAUGUCAAUGCAAACUACUCCAUCUCACUAUCACCAGCAUUUUCAACAGCCUUUUACCGAUAACUUGUCUCCUUUGAACUUUGGCCAUAAUGGGUCCCUUAACGCCACUUUUCUUCAUCAGAAGCGCUUUUGCACCCCAGGGCCAGGACCAGGACCAUCUUUGCUUAAAGACCAUGGCCUUCUUCAGGACAUUCUGCCAUCCCAUAUGCUGAAGGAAGAGUAGAUUAGAACAUCCAUUACCUUUAUAUGUAAUUCUCCACUUGGGAUGAAAAGAGGUAUAGCGAAAUGAUCAGUUCACUGGUAUGUAGCUUUUUUUUUUUUUUUGCUGAGAGGUGGCAUUUUUAUUGAACAAGGAACCCGCUGCCCCUUUUAUGCAAAGCUUGAUUAAUAUUACUGUAAAUUGGACUUGGUUUUAGUUUCUUAAUUGGGUUUUUUUUAAAUGUUUUUUUGCCACAUUUAGUUGCUCUGGAUAUGUAGAGAUUAUGCACCAGGGAAAUGGUUCUUUCUUUAA